GCCUGGCUGUGGCUCUGGGAGAGCCAACCUCCCCCAGGGAAGCCACUUUACACAAUAGCAGUGGCAGCAGAGGCUAGCGAGAAGACAAGAUUCAGACUCUUCAACUGGGGAGCACAGCUAGCAUUUCCCGAGCCUCAGGUACAUGCGGACCGUGACCCUCCCUGGGACCCCAGGGGGGCUGCUCCUCAGGACUAAGGAAGGAGAAGGGGGUGUGAGAAACCUUUCACCAUAUACCAUCGAAAACAUUUACCUCAAUGGCCUUGGUUUACACAUGGGGAAACUGAGGCACAUAAAGGGAAGGGAGCAUGUCCAGUCUGUCCUUAAUAGCAAGACCCACUGAAUACACCUCUCCUGGCUCUCUGUUUAGUGUUUGGACGUUCAAAGAUGCCUAGACUAGGCGGCGGGAGUUUCAGGGCCACGAUCCAGAUCUUAUACCAACUGUGUGUGGCCCCGCACAAAAUCACUCCCGGUUCUUUGGCACUUAAGUUGGAGAAACUGGGAUGCGCUGGGACCUCAAAGGGCCAUUCCAGUAGGGGAGUCACAGGCCCAGGUGGUGAAGGGGUGAAAGGGCAUGAUGUCUCGGGGUUUAUAGUCCACUGAGCCUCGCCGGAGGUAACACCGGCUCAGGGAUGCUUUCGUUGCCAUGGCAACCGCCGGGCCGGCGCGGGCCCCUGAGUGCGGCUGAGGAAGCUGGGACAAACCCUGCCCUUCCCAAGAUGGCGGCGGCGGCAGGGCAAAGGGCGGGGUUAGACGCUGUCAGCCUGUCCAGACCGUUCCUCUGUUUUCGCUUGUUCCUACUAACGGCGAGCUUCCGCCAAUACUUGUUCUUGUUCUUGGUUCCGAGCGUCCCGGGAGCCGGGAAGGGAAGGAUUGUCUGCAGUGAUUGGAGCAAAUAUCCAGUGGGGGAAAGGCGGGACUUCCGCGUCCUGCCGGAAGUGACGUGACAAUCGCGGCCACCGCCAGGUGGAACGGCAGGUGGGUUCAGGUACCAGCCUGGCCCGGACCCGGCUGUGGGACCAACGCUUCCGGUGAGCGACAGAGGCAGCUCCCCAGGGCCUGGAGACCCGUGGGGCGGGCUCUGGGAUCCGAGCCCAUCGCCCUGGCCUGGAGUCCCCCUUUGUACCUAUUCCCCAUUCCCCUACCGAGCUGGGCAGUUAGCCAGCCCACUCCAACUCUCGGAACCAUGUUUGCAGACUUGGAUUAUGACAUUGAAGAGGAUAAACUUGGAAUCCCGACUGUGCCUGGGAAGGUGACCCUGCAGAAGGAUGCUCAGAACCUGAUCGGGAUCAGCAUUGGAGGAGGGGCCCAGUACUGUCCCUGCCUCUAUAUCGUCCAGGUAUUUGACAACACCCCAGCAGCCUUGGACGGCACAGUGGCAGCUGGCGAUGAGAUCACCGGUGUCAAUGGCAGGUCAAUCAAAGGGAAAACUAAGGUGGAGGUGGCGAAGAUGAUUCAGGAGGUGAAGGGGGAGGUGACCAUCCACUACAACAAGCUGCAGGCGGACCCCAAGCAGGGCAUGUCCCUGGACAUUGUGUUGAAGAAAGUCAAGCACCGGCUGGUGGAGAACAUGAGUUCAGGGACCGCAGAUGCUCUGGGCCUGAGCCGGGCCAUCCUGUGCAAUGAUGGGCUUGUCAAGAGGCUAGAGGAGCUGGAGCGGACCGCUGAGCUGUACAAAGGGAUGACGGAACACACCAAGAACCUCCUACGGGCCUUUUAUGAGCUGUCGCAGACUCACCGGGCCUUUGGGGACGUGUUCUCUGUGAUCGGGGUGCGGGAGCCCCAGCCAGCUGCGAGCGAGGCUUUUGUUAAGUUCGCCGAUGCCCACCGCAGCAUCGAGAAGUUCGGCAUUCGGCUUCUGAAAACCAUCAAGCCGAUGCUGACGGAUCUGAACACGUACCUCAACAAAGCCAUCCCGGACACUCGCCUCACCAUCAAGAAGUACCUGGACGUGAAGUUUGAGUACCUGUCGUACUGCCUGAAGGUGAAGGAGAUGGAUGACGAGGAAUACAGCUGCAUUGCCCUAGGCGAGCCCCUUUACCGGGUGAGCACCGGCAACUAUGAGUACCGCCUGAUCCUGCGCUGCCGCCAGGAGGCGCGCGCCCGCUUCUCCCAGAUGCGCAAGGAUGUGCUGGAGAAGAUGGAGCUGCUGGACCAGAAGCACGUCCAGGACAUCGUGUUCCAGCUGCAGCGCCUCGUGUCCACCAUGUCCAAGUACUACAACGACUGCUACGCAGUGCUGCGGGAUGCCGACGUCUUCCCCAUCGAGGUAGACCUGGCGCACACCACACUGGCCUAUGGCCUCAACCAGGAGGAGUUCACAGAUGGGGAGGAGGAGGAGGAGGAGGAAGACACGGCAGCUGGGGAGCCGGCCAGGGAUACACGAGGGGCUGCUGGGCCAUUGGACAAGGGUGGAAGCUGGUGUGACUCCUGAGUGCCCCGCGGGUGUGGUGCCCGGGGCAGGGUGCGUGGGAGGACGGAGCCUGGGAGCGGGGCGGGGCGGGGCCGCCGCGCAAGGGGGCGACACAUAAAGGCCUGCUGGCUUGGGGCGCCUGCCUCCCUGCUCCUCUGUCCUCGCACAGCGAACCUGGGCUCCUGCCCAGGACAGGCACCAGGGUCAUGGCCUGGGACCUGGACACUGGCCCCUCCACCCUCCCUCCCCUCCCGGCUCCCUGGCCAGAGGGAGAGCUUGGUCUCUGGACCUGCCUUAGGAAGGAGAGGGAGGGCAGGAAGGAAAAGAAAGGACUUGGAUGUGGCAGUCAUCUGGGCCCUGCUCCUUGUGGGCACUCACACUGCCCCCGGAGCCUGCCGGGAGUGGGGCUGGCGGUAGACAGCUGAGGUUGGGGCCAAUGUCUCCUGGGCACCCUUGCCUCGCCCCAGACCGGCCCGUCCAGUCCCCAUCACACCUCGGCGGCCUUUAUUUAUUCUGUUCCCCCAGCUCGGCCACUUCUCUGAAGGAGGGCUGGGUUCUGGGCCUGUAUCAAAUAAACACAAACCUGGAUGGCGCAGUGGU